GUUUUGAUGAAUUUGCUUCACUAUGGUUUUGGCGUGUUUUUACGAGUGCGAUUAAUGCGAAUCUUUGUUGUACUUUUAGUAUAAGUGUAUUUGUGUAAAAGUAAAUAUUUAAUUGAUAAAAUAGUUAUCUUAAUAUAGAUAACGUAAUACAAUUGUUGUGUUUAUGUUGUGAUCUACUUAUAAAGUGAUAAUAUGCAAUCGGGAAGCGGUCCGAAAAAUCCGCCAUGGGCUCGGUCAAACGUGAACACCAACAUGACCGGUAUGAAUCCGCAAAUAAUGGAUCCAAAUGCAAUGAUGACCCAGCAGGGAAUGAUGCAGUUUCAGCAGACUCAAGCGGUUUUCAAUCCAAGUAUGAUGCAAGCACAAAGCGGCAUGGCGAUGCCAAUGGCAGGACAAAUGCCAAUGAACCAAAUGGCUCAAGGUCAAAUGUAUCCUGGUAAUGUGGUAGCUUAUCCUACACCUCGUGCAAUGAACCCGGGGAUGUAUCAGAACUCGCAGUCAAAUCAACCAUCAAGCAAUACAGAGCAGCGUGUGUUUACCGGUACUGUCACUAAAACACACAAUGACUUCGGUUUUGUUGAUCACGAUGUAUUUUACCAAACAUCAAUAUGUGCAAAGGGAAUCAUCCCUAAAGUAAAUGACAGAGUACUUGUAGAAGCCACUUUUAACCCGAAUAUGCCUUUUAAAUGGAAUGCAACUCGAGUACAAGUGCUUCCAAAGACUGGGCCCAACCAGAAGUCAAAUCCUCCAAAGAGUAACAACUACAAUGCUGUACCACCUCCUGCUAAUAAAAAGUCAUUGCCCUCACGUCGAGAUGAUCGUCCUCCGCGCAGAGAUGAUAGGUUCACACAGAAAAGGUCUCGAUCAAGGACUCGUUCCCGAUCACGUGAUCGUCGCGACAGCCGCAGUCGUCGAGACUCCCCACCUCGUAAACGUCCUAUUGUUCACCAGCCAUCCCCUAUUAAAUAUGUCGUUAGAGUGCCUAGGAUACCACUUGACAUACAAAAAAUGGAUGUGCCUGCCUUGUCACAAAGAUAUACAAACUUAUAUGUUCCAUCUGACUUCUUCAAUGCACAAGUUAAAUGGGGAGAAACAUUCCCACCACAGACACCAUUUUCUAUCAACAACCCUUGUGCCUACCACAUCAUGAAUAAAGAAAUUGAUAAUCCAAUUGAAAAUGAUGCAAUCUUAGAACCACCUGAUGCGGAUUAUAGAUUUUCAGCCAAAGUCAUGUUAAUCAGUAUGCCAACAUUGGAAGUACUAUAUCAGAAAUGUGGACUUACCAAAGUCGAUGAGAAGGACAAACGCUCCAGCUCUAAUAAAAAUCCAUUGCAUCCUACCAGACUGAUCAAGUUCCUUGUUGGACAGAAAGGGAAAGGUGGUGAAAAUUUUGCUAUAGGUGGACCUUGGAGUCCUUCAUUAGAUGGUGAAAAUCCUCAGUCAGAUCCAAAAGUUUUGGUGAAGACUGCGAUACGCACAUGCAAAGCUCUUACUGGCAUAGACUUGUCAUCAUGUACCCAAUGGUACCGAAUGGUGGAGUUUUACUACUGGCGGGAGGGCAGCGGCGGCAAGUCGCGGCUCGAGUGUGUGGUGUUGUUCCUGCCAGACGUGUGGUCGGCGCAACCGUCGCGUAUCGACUGGACCAACGUACAGGAGCUGUAUAAAGCAGCCUGCGAUGCUGCCAUCCGAAAACUUGACGGCGAGGAACCGGAGUCCAGCAAGCCCGAGCAGCAAGUGACGGCAGCGGCCGACACUUCUGCGGCGGACAAAUCGCAAAUUGAAAAAGAUCUGGACAAUAGUACUAUAACAAUAGACGAAAAUGAUGAUGAUGAUGAGGAAAAGCCAGAACCAACACAUUAUUCAAAAUUGGAUCUCAGGACAAUCAAAGUCGAUCAGCUGAGACAAGAGUUGCGAGCUCGGAAUGUUAGUUGUAAAGGACUAAGAGCUCAGUUAGUAUCCCGCCUAUCAAAACUUAUAAAAACUGAAGAGGCAGAAGAUAAGAAAGAUGGAGAAGAUGUAAUGGAACUUGAAGAUGAUGAACAGGACCCUGAUAAAAAGGCUGAGAUUGAGGAAAAAGAGAAUGUUGAGGUGAAAGACGAAAAAGAAGAAGAAAAAAAGCCAGAAGUCAAGGUUGACAAGAAAGACGAAGACAAAAAAGAGGAAAAAGUUGAAAAAGAAGAAAAGAAAUUAUCUGAAAAGGAAAUUGAAGAAGAGAAAAGAAAGCUUGAAAAAGAGAAGUUAUUGCGUAAAGCUCGUUACGAAAUUCCUCCUACGCCUCAUAUUUUGGUGCAUCCAUCAAACUCUGCGAAGGGUGGCAAAUUCAAUUGCAGUGUGGCCACCUUAUCAUUGUUAUUAGAUUAUCGUAUCACAGACAAUAAGGAACACAGCUUUGAGUUGUUUGUCUUUGCCGAGUUGUUCAAUGAAAUGCUGAUGCGGGAUUUCGGUUUCUACAUUUACAAGACUUUGUAUACACUCCCUGAAAAAGCUGAGGAGGUUAAAGAGAGAAAAGAGGAAGAAAAACUUGAAAAGAAAGUUGAGGAGAAAAAAGAGGAUAAGAAAGAUGAGAAGCGAGAUGAAAAGAAAGAUGAUCGACGGGACGAGAAAAGGGAUUCGCGCAGAAGGGAUAGAAAGGAGAGCCCAAGUGACGACGAACGUAGUGGUUCCCCAAAACGUCGCAGCCGAGGUGUUGAAUUGCCUCCUGACCCAUACCUUCUUUUAUCCCUAGUAUACUUUGACACGUCCCGCGGCGGCAGUAUGACCAAGAAAGAUCUACAAAAUCUGUUCAUGAGCUUAGGAUUACAACUUUCUCGCUCACAGAUCAGAGCUGUACUCGAGAAAGUAUGUGUUAAAGAGAUGUUUACCUACAAGACAUUAAUCCAAGCCAUUCGAGAUGUUUCUUCUGGAACUACAGAUGUAAUGCAAGAUAUGCCACUAGAUACUUCGAUUUCAAACAGUGAAGUCCCUACACAUAUUGCAGAGCUAGAGGAAACAAUAGCAGCUGGAAACCGCAAUUUGCUUCCAAUAUUUAAUGCAACUGGUGUAGAUGGUGACAAAAGUAGUGAAACAAAGGAUGUCAGUGAAUCUGGUAUGGUUAUGUACAAGUCCAGAUUGGUAGAUGUGGGGGCGCUAGUGAAAGCUGAGGCUCGUAGUGCAGCGAGCCGCGCUCGCCUUGAGGGUGCUCUGGAGAGUACUCGAGCUGCACUGCGCGCGGCCCGAGCUGCUGCAGCUAGCACGCAACAAGCCGAGCGUGGAGCACAGACACAGGUUUCUGACCUUAGCGCCAGCCUCUCCGCUGCACGAGCAAGGAUAGCUUCGCUUACGGCGAGUUCCAAAAUAUUCCAUUCAGCUUUGAAGAGUAUUCAAACUAAAGUUGAAGCUGUAGUCAAUAUAAAAUAUGAAGAUGAUGAUGUCGUAGAAAUUGUCAAUGGACCUUCACAAAAUUCAAAGGACUCUAAAAAAGAAAAUGUUAUUGAAAAACAGGAAAAGAAAGAUAAUGCUUCAGCUAGUAGUGAACCUGCAUCAAAAACUGAGGACAAAACCGAAGAGGAUAAAAAACCUACAAGCAGCACUAAAAUACAAGACAGUGAGAAUUCAACAGCAGAAAAUAUGGAACUAGAUGAUAAGGAAUAGAAGUCUCAAAUAAAUGUUAAACCUAGUUUUGACGGUUUUUUAACAUUUUUAU